CCGCACUCUAUGCAUCAAGUUUAUUUAUAGGCUAAAAUUGUGUGUUGAAUACAUUCUGUAAACGCAUAGUGAAAGCAAGGACCAAUACACUGAAUGUGCUCUAAUACGGAGUAUAUUUGCUUAAUUCGGAUUAAAUUGUUAUGAGUUAAAUUAACGUAAUGUGUGUGAUUAAAUAUCCUGAAUGUUUACAUAUUGGGAUAAACUAGCAGAGCAUUCCAUUGUCCCUCCCACAAUGCAACAGUUCUCGCGCUAAGUUCCGCCUUCUGAUGACUGUGAGAGUGAAGCGACGGUUUGUGGUGGGCGGAUGUCUGGCCGUGGCCUUGCUGCUCGUCGGUGUCAAGCUUUUCCUUGGCGUUGGCGACGAGAUAAUAAUUCCCGGUUAUGACCAGUUGGACUUAAACGAGUUUCCGGAUCCGGGUAUUUACGAGGCUGAGGAUUUCCCGAGCGAUGGACCCAGCAAGGUGGAGAAGAUUAUUCAUCAGACGUGGAAAACUACCGAAAUUCCGGCACGUUACGUCGACUGGAUGAAGUCAUGGUCGCGAAAUCAUCCGGACUGGACUUACAUGUUCUGGACGGACGAAUCUGCGCGCGCAUUGAUCGCAGACAAGUACCCACAGGUGCUUCCGGCGUACGACGGGUAUCUGGAAAACAUCCGGCGGGCAGACGCCAUGCGGUACGCGAUCCUGCAUGAAUAUGGCGGGGUGUACGCGGAUCUCGAUAUGGAAAGUUUACAGCCACUUGACCCAAUCAUAAGAAAAUACUCGUGCGUUUUACCACAGGAACCCUACGAACACCCUAUAAUAGAUUCUAACUUCGAGCAUUUAGUGAUCAACGCUUUGAUGAUCUGCAGUAAGGGGCAUCCACUGAUGAAGAAAUUCCUCGACAACAUUCCGAAAUUUGCACAUAUGUGGCACGUGUUAGACAGCACCGGUCCGCAUUACAUUACUCUACUUUAUAGGCAAUAUUUAAUCGAUAAUAACAUAGAGGCCGGUAAAACGAAUGGAGUUUACCUGGCGCCUGCGGAGUACUUCUUUCCCACGAUCGAUCCUGUCAAAUUCCCGUACAUGCGGGAUCGGUGUUACAAACAAUUCGCGGAAAUGUCGCAUUUGCAGAAGACUGCGUGUGUUUCAUUGAAGCGGCGCGGGUUGGAAAGAAAACCCUACCCGUUUUCGUUCACUGUCCAUCAUUGGAUACAUACGUACUUUGUCACAAGGUAUUCUGUAUCUCAGCCUACGGACAUACAUUCCUUUAUACCUAGUGUAGUUAUCUAUAAAUCGAAAACGGAAGAUGUACAGUCCCGGAUUACCCAUUAGGCAGAGUAGGCAUCUGCCUUAGGGCCCCGCGACUUUAGGUGUCCCAUGAGUGUGUGACGAAAUAAUUUGUUUAUGUACUUACUUAGACUAUUCUAAUGAUUUGGCAAUGCCAAAUAAUUUAUUACAUUAAUAUGUUUCGAUUUAUGGUAUAGCAUUCGCUUACCAGGUAACACACAUUUAUUAUUCGCAAACAUGUAUUGUUUUCUAAAAAUCUCCAUCUAAUACGUGUAAUGUCGUAUUAGAAUUACGGUAUUACAAUGACAUUUUUACCUAUAAAACGACAUUGUCUUGUCAGACUUGUCGCAGGUAGGCUUAUUUUAUUUUGGGUGUAAUCGAAUAGGCGCUGGCAUUGUAGUAGGCACUAGGCCGACCAGGGGCCCGGGACGUGGGCCCCAACAGUUUCACUUCAUAUGAGUCUCCACGGUGCUUAUUCGGCACUGAUGAUUUAGCCUCGAGUUCUGGUGCUUCUGUUACUUAAUUAUAUUUGUAAAAUACUAUUAAAACCAAUAUCUCUAUCUAUGCGAGUUAUUUGAAAACACCCGGUAACAUUUAGGAUAUAAUUAAAGCCGACGGUUUUCGCCUUUGUUUUUGAAAAUCGGCGCCCGAGUUUAAAUAGUAUGAGACGCGUUCUGAGAAAACGGGUCUGUGCGGAUUGCACAGGCUAAUUUGGGAUGACACUUUAAACACACGCAUUAAACCCCCUGUUCAAAGAGCAAGGUUCACUUAUUUGCAUAUGUAAUGCAUAUGCCGUUCAUGUUCACACACGUGUGGUCUUCCCAGGCCAUAUUGUGGUAUAGAAACAUCACCCAUGGGCUUUAUCAUCCUGAAGUGGAGUUGUCCGCAAAUAGUCGAUCUCAUUUUGUCCAACUUUGCUUGUCCAUACCACGGAUAGCUUCAACACAAAUAAUGUAAUAUAUGUAAUAUUCACAUUUCAAUCUCACCCACUCCACUGUUUGCAUUUGCUGAUCUGAUAAACCCCGCCUAACGUCAUGUCGGUAGGAGCUACCGUAUGUUUUGUAUGAAGCUUACGUUUUCCCUAAGAUGUUGAAUUCUUAUAAUGCUGUGAUGAACUUGUUUACAUUGAGCUUCUUCUUCUGUGAAAAUUUGGCUAAAUGAAUAUGCAUUAAUUGUUUAAUCAGGGACGACACUUUCCGCUUGUAUGGAAGUUUUUGUUUUAUAAGAAGUCCAUUCUGAACGAAAAUCCAGUGUAGGAUGAAGGUGUCGUCCCUGAUAUCCAUAUGCGGACUGCACCUGCUAUUCUGGGAUGACACUAUGCACAUGCAUUAAGCCCCGUUUUCCCAGGAUAAGGCUCUCUUGUUGUUUUUUAUAUAAUUUUUGUACCCGCGAUAUUUCAAUUUGUAUUUUCGUUAGUGUUUACCUGUCAUAAAACGUACACACAGUGA